AUGUGUUUUAUGAAGAUGAUAUUCAGUGUUAUUCUAUGUUUGCUGUCCGUGCAAUAUGUGUCGUCCUACAAAAUAUUCCAGUCUGCCAUACCCAACGGAGCGUCCGUUCCGUUUCCUUGCAAACCUGGAAAAUUCUGGCAGGGAGUGGGUCACCUACUGGACGAGGGAACAGGAACCAAGAACAAGUUCGGCUUAGACUUCAACGCUGGCGGAAAUGUAUGGACAGAAAGGGUGUGCCGCCUUGAUUCCGAUGGAGAUGGGCUGACCAACGGGGAGGAGCUGGGUGACCCCAAGUGUCUGUGGACGCCGGGCAGUGGACUUCCCGCGAGAACCACGGGGAUCAGCCAUCCAGGGAUCUGCGACCCCUGGGACAGCCCCAAAUGUAUGAAGAUGGUCCUGAACGGCUCCAGGUACGCCAACCAGCAGGAGUGGCUGGCUGCGAUGUGCAAGACGGAUGGGCUCGAUUGUCCUGCUAUGAACGAAACAGGGGUCCGGAGCAUGCAGCUGCGCCUCCCCGAGGGAAGCAAGGUCCCUCCCAAAGAGACUACCUACCAAUGUAUGGUGUUCAACAUCUACGAUCAGGGCGUGCCCAAGGACCAGGAUUUCCACAUCGUGGCCGCGACUCCGAUUGUCAACAACACCAACGUCGUUCACCACGCUGUCGUCUUUGGUUGUACAGAUGAUACAGUCAUCACGGGAGAAUCCUUCGAGUGCGGAAUGACUGCCUCGCCCAGCUGUCAUGAGUUCCUGCACGUGUGGACUGUGGGUCUGGAUGGCGAGUGCUACCACCCGCAGGCAGGCAUCAAGAUUGGCAAGACUGGAUACAAGACUGUCGCUAUACAGUUACAUUGGAACAACCCGGACAAAAGAUCUGACUACAUCGACACAUCCGGAUUACAGAUCUACUACACGCCCAAUUUGAGGAGGUAUAACGCCGGUGUGCUUAUGGUUGGCUCCGCCUACUUCAACCUCCCUCCCAGACGACCAGAGAUACGGAUUCAAGGGCACUGCUCCGGGGCCUGCACCAAUAGUAGUAUUAAAGGGUCAAUUAUCGUGACGUCAGCCUGGAAUCAUAUGCAUUACGCAGGAAACAGAAUGGAUAUUCAGUUGAUGCGAAACGACAGUUCUGUGAGAUAUUUAACCGAUGAGAGAGUUUACAGUUAUGACAGCCCGCAAGUUCAGAUAUUCCAAGAUGGACUAGAGAUCUACCCCGGAGAUUCUCUGAUCAGCAACUGUGGCUACCAGACCAUGAACCGGCAGAAGACCACUUUCUGGGGAGAAGCUACACAAGAAGAAAUGUGCUUCGGGUUCCUCACCUACUACCCCAGGGAGAACUUGCGGGACUCCUUCUGUGUGGACCACAUGGGUGUCAGUAUGUGCGACCCAGCCAGCAUGCAGGGCUGCACCAAGUUUGGAGCCAUUCUGCGAACCCUCAACACCACCGACGUAUACCGGGACGUGUCCAAUAACUGCAGGCAAUUCUUCCCUUGUAUCGACGAGUGUGUGGAGACAAUAGUCAGAUACAUGAGGACGGAGAAGUGUAUGCAGGGAAAUGUUUGGCAGUAUAUUCAGAAUGAUCUGGCUCUGGGCAGUGACAUUGGCAGAGAAUUUUUAAGUCGUUUAUAUUCCUGCAAAACGGAAGUGUACUUAGCUCUGAAUCCAGCAACAUCAAAACCAUCUGAAAGUACGCAGAUAAGCAUGGACAAGACAUCACCACACAUGGAGAUGCAAACAUCUAGCACAGAAAAGACACCAUCAUACACAGAGAAGACACCAACUAUAAAACCUGCAAAGGUCCAAGGAGAAAAUGAUAGUGAUGCUGCCAUAGCAACACAGUCUGGGACACUGACCAUUCUCUUCAGCUUCUUAACUGUUCUUACAAGAAUGAUGAAUUAG